GUGCGUGUGCGUGUGCGUGUGCGUGUGUGUCAGAGGGAGUGAUCGCAGGCGGCGCGUGGUCCCAAGCACCUCACCAAAGGCAGCCAGAAAGAGAAAGGCAGAAAGGAGGAGGGCCCCCGGGUGCUGCGGGUAGCGGUGGGGGCGGGGGCACUUGCUCUAUAAGGCGGGGCGAAGCGACCGUCAGUCACCGCGGUCACCGAAAAGAAGGGGCGGCUUGUAACGGCCGGGCAGCCAAUAGGAGUAGACGCUCCUUCUGUCACCAUGGUAACGGGGUUGUGCCUGGGGAGCCUGCGAUGGGUUGACAGGUGCGUGACAGUCGGAGCUCCGCAAGCAUGUACGCCAAAGGCAAGAGUAACAACGUGCCGUCCGACAGCCAAGCGAGGGAAAAAUCUCUCCUGGGUGGCCAUGGUCUGUGUUCAGCACUACACGGUGCCCCCCCCCCCCAAACGACUGCUGUACGUGGUACCGCAUCACACCAAGGCUUGGGCUCAGAAUUCCUCGUCCGAACUCACGGGAUGGACCUGCUGCUCUGUGCAGUUCGUCUGCAACAUCUCAGAAAAGCCAACGGUGCAAAAGAUGUUGGCACUCUACGUCUACGAGUACUUGCUGCACGUCGGCGCCCAGAAGUCUGCGCAGACCUUCUUGUCAGAGAUACGAUGGGAGAAGAACAUCACAUUAGGAGAACCUCCGGGAUUCCUGCAUUCGUGGUGGUGUGUGUUCUGGGAUCUGUACUGCGCGGCGUCCGAGAGGAGGGAGACGUGCGAGCACUCCAGCGAAGCCAAGGCCUUCCACGACUACAGUGCCGCUGCAGCACCAAGCCCAGUCCUCGGGAACAUGCCUCCAGGAGAUGGGAUGCCAGUAGGUCCGGUUCCUCCAGGAUUCUUCCAGCCGUUCGUGUCGCCUCGUUACCCUGGUGGCCCAAGACCUCCGCUAAGAAUCCCUGGUCAGGUCGUGGGGGGUGUUCCAGGGAACCAGCCUUUACUGCCCGGUGCGAUGGACCCCUCGAGACAGCAAGCUCAUCCAAACCUGGGCAGUGCCGUGCAGCGGAUGACUCCUCCCAGGGGGAUGGUGCCGCUCGGCCCGCAGAGUUACGGAGGAGGAAUGCGACCCCCCCUAAAUGUUUUAGGCGGUCCGGGAAUGCCGGGGAUGAACAUGGGUCCUGGAGGAAGGCCAUGGACCAACCCCCCCAGUGCCAACUCUAUCCCGUACUCCUCAGCAUCUCCUGGAAGUUAUGCGGGUCCACCUGGAGGGGGGGGCCCUCCUGGAACUCCCAUAAUGCCCAGCCCCGCAGACUCUACAAACUCUGGUGAAAACAUGUACACUAUGAUCAGUACUGUGCCGCCAGGAGCAAGCCGGUCAAACUUCCCAAUGGGCCCUGGAGGAGACGGUCCCGUGGGGGCUCUGCCCGGAAUGGAGCCUCACCACAUGAAUGGCUCACUAGGAUCAGGGGACAUGGACAGCAUCCCCAAGAAUUCUCCCGGCAACCUGAGCUUGAGCAACCAGCCGGGGACCCCCCGCGAUGACGGAGGCGACGUGGCCGGCGGCUUCCUGAACCCCUUUCAGAGCGAAAGCGUACGUACGCGGCGCACCUGGGGCGCUCUUGGUGCCUCACACACGCCUCUACAGCCGCGAUAUGAUUGUGCUCGCAGGUCUCGUGUGUGUCUCGCAUGUUCUGCUGCUUCUCCUUUUUGUGUCGUUGAACGCAGUCCUCGUGCGGGGGGUGGUCUCCUUGGCACUUUCUGAACAUACACACAUUUUCCAGUGUAUUUCUUUAUUUUAUUUGCAUUUUCUUCACCCAGAAGGACGAGGGUGGAGGGUAGGCUAUGGAGCUGCCCAGAUCAACUGGCCUGCAGUGCUGCUGAUCGAUAAAUAACAACACGGAUGUUUAUGGCAGUUAUUUGUGCAAAGGCAGCGCUAAAUAGCUGAGUCAGCAUAUUUUUAUUUUCCUUCCUUUUAAUUUAAUUUUGAUGUCGCUCAAAGUUUAUAAAAUUAUUAAAACAGUAAGUCUUAAAGGUUUUUUUAAAUUUAUUUUACCACAUGUGCGUUUUUAACCCAGUGUCGUGUUGAAAUUGAGGGACUUUUUUUAUUACUUGACCUUUACUGACAAAGGAGGAAAGUGAGAAACACUUGUGGUUCCAGCUGCAGAGUCGCUGUUUUAUGAAUGACGUGAAGAAAAGGUCCUCGGUGCCCUGCGACAUUCCCUCCCUUUGUGUCGGCAGUACUCUCCGAACAUGACCAUGAGUGUGUGAGCGGCUCUGCGAGGAAAGUGGGCCCAGGUCUCCCGUCUCGGUUCUCUUGCUGCGUCGCCUUUGGCCGUCUGCAGACCUUCGAGGCCGAAAGACUCAACUGCCCCCACCACCGCCCCCCACCCUGGAAAAAGACUGAAAAG